AUGACAUCCGAAAGCGCCCCUCCCCUCCCUCACCUGGGUUCAGGUGAGGCCUCCCUGUUGGAUCUUGCGACCGACGAUCCUCGCGACGCCGUAUCUUUGUCCGACAAAGAGGCUUGGAUCCUGCAGCUUUAUCAGCAGAUCCAGGAACAGCAGUUAGAGCAGGCGCUACUCCAGCAAGAUACCGAUUUCCUCUCUGGAGAUGAUGCGGAAGAGCAACUCGCCAUCGCAGAACGUGAACUUCUCGAAGCGAGGGCCACUUACACAGUCAGGAGGAAGGCUGUUGGAACCGUUCUUAUGACUGAUCCGGUUCUGAAGGCUGUUCAUCUGAAAGCCACAACACCAGCUGAACGGGCCUUGCUGCGUCUUAUUAAUCGUCGCGAUGUGCUAUCUUUGGUGCAUGAAAAUCUAAACACUGUACACACGGCAACUCUCCAAAAGCUCUCCAAGCUGGAAGUAGAAAAUUCCCAGAUCCACCGGGAAAACCAGGAGCUCAUCCGGGAGCUAUUGGCUCUGACGGAGGAUGAUGAAUCAUGGAAGGAGGAGCUGGAGGACCCGGAACUUAAGGCGCAGCUCGAGCAGCUCGAAGCGGACCGCCGAAAAAGCAAAGCGAAAUGGGAAACCAUGAAAAACGUCGCCAGCGCGAUGGUUGUCGGCAGUGGAGUGAACUGGGCCGAAGACGAGAGACUCACGGCUCUGGUGCUGGACGACUCGGAUGAUUGA